GCCAAGGAAGGAUACCAGGCACCGCACAGAGAGUCUUCAAUGCACUCUCGCUCUUGCUUUGGUUCCUCAAGUCGACAGCUCCCCGUCGCAGCCGCCGCCCGUCGUCUCGCAAUGUCGAGCCGGCCAGAACACUGAACGCUGAAUCCCGUCGCCACGGUUGCAUCCGACCGAGUCGCGAUGCAUCCAUCCCAUUGCCGCCAUCCCACCGCCAUCUGAGGCUCACCGUCGGCCGGUCUCUAGCCAUGUCCAGCCGUUGCGCUCGCUAUCUGCGAAGACAGCACCUCGAAAUCCACGGCAAGGCCCUUGCCGGGUUCAUUUCCCACCAACACCAUCACCCGCCACCUCCACAGGCCUCGAGAAUGCUUGACAGCAAAACCCGGAAUUCUCUCGUUGCGACUGACACGACGAGCCCGGUGCGCUGGUGGCUCCAGGACUUCAAGACAGGUAGACCGCCGGAGGAAGCGAUCGAGGGUAGCGGAGGAUGUGAACUUUUUCUCGUGUCAUUGUCACCCACGGACUCGCUCUCUACAUUGACACCCCAUGCUGCCCCACACCGUUGCCUAUCUUUCGCACCCGUACAUUACUACAUCGCUCUACUAUAUGACCCCGUAGACACCACGCACGACAGGGGCGACGCCGCCCGCGUUUCGCGGGCCGGAGCCCGCCGCGCCGCGUCUUAGCACUAUAUGUUUGCUUGUUGCGGGAUAUAAAUUUAGACUUCAUCAUC